UAAAAAUCUUCAAUCUCUGGAAAACAGUAUCAAUGUCGAACUAAUUUUUCGAGGCCAGAACGGCACACGACAGUAUAAAACGUUCGCUGUUGUACUGUGGGAGCAUUUAUAGAAUCAGUUGUCGUUAUUGUGAAGCUGUGCAGUGAAAAUGGUUCCAAGAUUCACCACCCUUCUCCUAAUAUGCAUUUGCAGUUCCUUGCUGUUAUGCUACAUCAAAAAUGGAGCAGUUACGGCUCUUGAGGAGGGCGCAGGUCUUCGUGCAGCGAGAAGCACUGGUGAGGGUGGUGGCGCUGGGGGCGGCGUUGGAGGCGAAGCUCGUGGAGGCGCUGGUGGUGGUAAUGGCGCUGGUGGUAAAAAGUACUCAACCAAAGGUAGCUCGGGGCUUGAGUCGGAGCACGAAUCUGGUGAGAAAGGCGGCAACGGUACCAUGAGCGGGGGUACUAUGAGUGGGGGUACAAGGAGCGGGGGCACUACUUUAACUGGCGAUGAAACUCCCAAAUCUCUGGGUGAAGGCGCAGGCGGUCUCCCGAGUGGUGGAAACGGCGAAAAGAAUAAGCCACAAAUAUAAAAAAAAUGAUAGAGGUUGCUAGAUUCCGGUUUGCUUCUUAGUGCCCAAGAGCAAAAAGUUAGAGCCCGCUGCAGAUGAGUCUACACUCUCCGAGUCUCGAAGCCUUCCUCGUCGCCACGAUCAAAAUGGAGGUUUGAAGUUUAUACCUAUCGAAAUCUGGCGAAUCACGUCGGAAGAAUUCCAACGAACUCUUCAUUUUGAUCUCCCAUUUUGAUCGUGGAGAUAGAGCUACACUGCCGUGCUAAGGAAAAACACCGUACGAACCUUCAGGCGUUGCCAAAUUUUCUUUGAUAAAAUACGUAUUUUCUGGUAAACUUAUGAAUAUUUUCCUUCCAAUUUUUCAGAUAAUUUUGUUCACGAUUCCACCCAAAGCCCCUGAAAAUUUCAAGGAUGGAUAUCCACAUCUUUCCUCAAAAAUAAACAUUGUAGGAGGAAAUUUGGCAACUCUCGAAUGCUCAUACGGCGUUUUUCCUUAGCACGGUAGUACAGUCGGCUGGUGUACUAUCUAUCCAGGGAACAUCAGCUUCAUUUUCACAUCGAUGACAAAAAAUUCAUGUUAUGGACCCGAAAUACUUGUUUCAUAAGCCGAAUCAAUUCAGGAUUGUAAUAUACAAUUAAACGCCUCGCGCGGAACGCCGUGAUUGUAAUUCCACUUGCUCUGUUAUUAUUUUUACUAUUCAUAUUGAGACAGACUUUUUUUUUAAAUGGGUGGAUAAUCCAGCGAUCGAUAACCACGCAGAUAAUAAAAAGGCACAUUUGUUAAACAGGCACUUUUGAUUCAAAUUAUCAAGGGAUCUGCGUUGUGAGAGUUUCAGAGAUUUCCAAUAACAGUUGGUCAUUACAGACUUUUUUUUCCUGAUCGGCUGAGUUGGCACCAGACCCAAGAACCUUUCCAAGCUAGGGUACUGAUUUUUAUGAUAUCUAGGGAUCUAUCCAAUCUAUCUCUGGAAUUCUGAUAGUGUUAAACAUCCUACUGGUUUCGUUCAUAAGAAGCGUUAUCACCACACAUCUGACGAAAUUUCUAGGGACCAUGAAUGACCGUGAAUCUAAAGACUUUUCUACAAUUGUUUCUUUUUGCAUUCCACAGCAACAAUAAAAUCUAAAUGUGACAGGCGUUAAAUUCUCAUACAUCCUCGAUACUUAAAAUCUGUAUCUGCAAUUAAGCCUGAUUCCAUUAAAAAAAUCAUUAUUGCACCAUUUAAUAUUAUAAUAUUGCCGUAUUCUGUAUCUAAGUAUUGUCAAUAAAAUUUUUCUUUCAA